AUGCUACUAAACAAAGUUAUAGGGUUACUAAGCGUACUCUUCUUCACGAAAUUUUCAAAUGCCGUCGAAUUGGAUUUAGACAACUACGAAUCUCUAGAAAAUGCUACAUCACUGAUCGCUUAUGGUUUGAUGGAUUAUUACACAGGCAAUCAGUAUGGUAAGACAAUCGGUAUGUUUUCGGAUCCAUAUUAUUGGUGGGAAGCUGGUGGUGCAUGGGGCUGCAUGCUGGAUUAUUGGUUUUUCAUGGAUAACGAUACUUAUAAUGAUGAAAUUAUAGCUGCUAUGGUACACCAAUCCGGUGAUGACAAUGACUAUAUUCCACUGAAUCAAUCUACCACCGAGGGUAAUGAUGAUCAAGCCUUUUGGGGUAUUGCUGCCAUGACUGCCGCGGAGAGAAAUUUCACUAACCCUCCUGCAGACGAACCACAAUGGUUAUACCUGGCGCAAGCUGUUUUCAAUACGAUGGCGUUGCGUUGGGAUGCGGAUUCCUGUGGUGGUGGUCUAAGAUGGCAAAUUUUUGUCUGGAACUCUGGUUAUGACUAUAAAAACACCGUUUCAAAUGGUGCCUUGUUCCACAUAGCUGCAAGACUGGCAAGAUAUACAGGUAACCAAACGUACGUCGAUUGGGCUGAAAAAGUUUAUGAGUGGAUGGUUGGCGUAAAUUUGAUUUCUAAUGGUACCUAUAAGUAUGUUUACGAUGGUGUUAGUAUCGGCGAUAAUUGUACUAAAGUCACUUCAUAUCAAUGGACAUAUAACCAAGGCUUGUUAUUAGCUGGUUCUGCUUAUCUUUACAACUUUACGGGAUCCGACCUGUGGCACACAAGAACGAAGGAAUUUUUGAACUCUUCUCAAGUGUUUUUUCAGGACGGUAUCGUGUAUGAAGCGGCCUGUCAAGGUCCAAAUUCUUGUAAUACAGAUCAACGUUCUUUCAAAGCCUACUUUGCUCGAUUCUUAGGUGUUACUGCACAAUUGGUGCCAGAAACCAGAAACCAAAUUAUGACCUGGUUGAAUACGUCUGCAAUUGCAGCUGCUAAAUCAUGUUCUGGUGGUACUGAUGGUCAUACAUGUGGGCUAAAUUGGUUCAAUGGCACAUGGGAUGGUAUGUAUGGUUUAGGUGAACAAAUGGCGGCCUUAGAGGUUAUGGUAAACACAAGGGCUUUAGAUAAACCCGCUCCAUAUACUGCCGAUGAGGGUGGUUCGUCUGCUGGUGAUGGGGCAGCCGGUACACAAGCACAGCCUACGAACUUGGCUCCUUUGAACAUUACGAAAGGCUCCAAGGCAGGCGCAGGUAUCAUUACUGCUGUUAUUGGUAUUUCAAUUGUCGCAUGUGCUCUCUGGCUGGUAUUUUGA